AUGUCCGGCCGCACAUUGUCCGUAGGCUUAUGUACUGCAGGUAAACUGUCUAUAGGCAAUGUGUCCGUGGGCAAAGUGACCGGCCACACUGCAUUGGCGUGUAAACCUCACUAUAAAUUGAUACUUAUCUUCCCAGUUUAUUUGCUACUAUCUGUCUCUCUGUUUCUAACUCUAUCUAUCUGUAGAAGGUCGUUAUUUCCAAUAUUUUACUUCAUAACCAAACACAUCUAUCUAUCUAUCUAUCUAUCUAUCUAUCUAUCUAUCUAUCUAUCUAUGCUCAGUCUGAUGAAUCUAUCUAUCUAUCUAUCUAUCUAUCUAUCUAUCUAUCUAUCUAUCUAUCUAUUCUAUUCAUGCCAGUCUGUUCUAUCUAUAUCUAUCUAUCUAUCUAUCUAUGUCAGUCUGUUCAUAUCUAUCCAUCUAUCUAACUAUCUAUCUAUCUAUCUAUCUAUGUCAGUCUGUUCAUCUAUCUAUCUAUGUCAGUCUGGAUAUCUAUCUAUCUAUGUCAGUCUGUUCAUAUCUAUCUAUCUAUCUAUCUAUCUAUCUAUCUAUCUUUCUACAUACACAUACACACACACACAUAUAUAUAUAUAUAUGAGUGUCAGGAUGCGAACUUAUGCGAAAAGGCGAAGUUUCUUUGAUGACUCAUUUUACGAAGAAGAACGAACUGAUGUAACGGUUGUAUUUUUCUCUCUCAAGCUCUCUCUCUCUCUCUCUCCCUGGCUCUCUCUCUCUCUCUCUCUGCACCUCCAUAUAUUCAUGAUGGUGGCUUGCUCAUUCUCCAGUACAGCCAUCAUUAAAGCUCUUAAAGAUCAUGAUGAUGAUGAGGAGGAGGAGGAAGAGGAAGGGUGA